CUCGUGUUCUGAUUGCUUAGCGUGUGGUAUUAACAGAUCUCCGGGACCUCUGGGAAAUUAGGGGUUUCCUAGUUUCCUAAUUUAAACGGAAAUCGACAGUGCAAAUUUCGGUUCCCACAAUUCCCGAUCUACGACGGAAACUCAGAUCCCCGCCAAUACAUGAUCGCGUUCACCAUAGUUAUGGGACGAACCAACUUCGCCCCGGAUGAAAAAGACGCCGGAUAUUGCCAGCUCUUCGUAGAGAACCUCAGCGGACAUGCCCUCAGCUGGUUUUCAAGACUUGAAUCGGGCUUAAUCGACAGCUACCAGGAACUAUCUACGGCCUUCCUCAAAGACUACUCGAUAGACAUCGAGAACGGGGUGUCGGAAGCAGAUCUCUAUACCCUCUCCCAAGAACGAACCGAAUCCCUCAGGAGCUUCAUUGGAAGAUUUAAAACGAUAGUAUCCCGCGUGAAAGUACCAGAUAAAAUAGCUAUCACGGCGCUGAUCAACGCUUUAUGGUAUGAAUCAAAGUUGCGCGAAGACCUCAAGACAAACAAAACUCAGACGCUUGAAGACGCACUGCACCGAUCCAACCUGUUCAUCGAGCUAGAGAAAAAUAAGGAGGCCAUGGCAAAAAAACACGCAGCCACCAAAACAACCGUAAUAAAAGACAAGGCGAAAGAAGAAUGCCGCGAGUCGCAACAUCGAUCGGAAAGCGAACGAAAGAGGGAAGAAGGGAACCGAAAGGCACAUAAUUUCCAUGUCAGCGACGCACAACGACCACCUGUUCCAAGGCAACCUUGGAACAAGUGGUCCCGAGAAGACGACCCAACGAGGUAUUGCGAGUUCCACAAAAGAAACAGACACUCAACAAUGGAGUGCAGACAUUUACAGGAAUACUUACUCAGGAAAUACUAGAGGGGUGAAAUCAAACCAUCAGACAACAACGGAACCAAAACCGAAGGGAUAAUUACCGAAGGACGUCACCAAAGAGAGAACCACCCCAUACGGAGCGUGAAAUAAAAAAUGAGCGCACGGAGAUAAAAUCUCUGAAAAGGGAGCGACCAGAG